GGCGGCGGAGCGCACGGCUCCACGGCCCCGGGUCCCCGCGCGACUGCGGUUCAGGUUCCCUCCGCGAUCCGGACUCCCCGCCGGGCCGCGGUUCCCCCUGUGGUCGCGGACCCCGCACAGCCUCGGUUCCCUCCGCAGCCCGGGUUCUCUCGGCAGUCCCCGACGCCUCCGGUCCAGCGCGCUCUGCCCGGCGCGCACCGAGCGGUGGGGACGCGCGGCCCUGGCGCCCGGCCGGGUGUCCGGGCAUGAUGGUCCCUCGAGUCCUGCUGCUCGCCCUCCUGCCCUUGGUGCGAACCACCGAGCGGCCCGAGGCGGGCGCCGAGAACCCCAGCCUGGAGGCCGCGCUGGCCGGGCCCAACGCCUCGCACUUCUGGAGCAACUACACCUUCUCGGACUGGCAGAACUUCGUGGGCAAGAGGCGUUACGGGGCCGAGUCCCAGAACCCCACGGUGAAGGCCCUGCUCAUCGCGGCCUACUCCUUCAUCAUCAUCUUCUCGCUCUUCGGCAACGUCCUGGUCUGUCAUGUCAUCUUCAAGAACCAGCGCAUGCACUCGGCCACCAGCCUGUUCAUCGUCAACCUGGCGGUGGCUGACAUCAUGAUCACACUGCUCAACACGCCCUUCACUUUGGUCCGCUUUGUGAACAGCACAUGGGUGUUCGGGAAGGGCAUGUGCCACGUCAGCCGUUUUGCCCAGUACUGCUCCCUACACGUCUCAGCAUUGACACUGACGGCCAUCGCUGUGGACCGCCACCAGGUCAUCAUGCAUCCCUUGAAACCCCGAAUCUCCAUCACCAAGGGCAUCAUCUACGUUGCUGUGAUCUGGGUCAUGGCUACCUUCUUCUCGCUUCCACAUGCCAUCUGCCAGAAACUGUUUACCUUCAAGUACAGUGAGGACGUCGUGCGGUCACUCUGCCUGCCGGACUUCCCCGAGCCAGCCGACCUCUUCUGGAAGUACCUGGACCUGGCCACCUUCACCCUGCUCUACCUCCUCCCGCUGCUCAUCGUCUCGGUGGCUUACGCUCGGGUGGCCAAGAAGCUGUGGGUGUGCAACACGAUCGGUGACGUGACCGCGGAGCAGUUCCUCGCCCUGCGGCGUAGGAAGAAGACCACCAUCAAGAUGCUGGUGCUGGUGGUGGUCCUCUUCGCUCUGUGCUGGUUCCCCCUCAACUGCUACGUCCUCCUCCUGUCCAGCAAGGUCAUCCGCACCAACAACGCCCUCUACUUCGCCUUCCACUGGUUCGCCAUGAGCAGCACUUGCUACAACCCCUUCAUCUACUGCUGGCUGAACGAGAACUUCAGGGUUGAGCUGAAGGCGCUGCUGAGCAUGUGCCAAAGGCCACCCAGGCCUCAGGAGGACCGACUGCCGUCCCCGGUCCCUUCCUUCAGGGUGGCCUGGAUGGAGAAAAGCCAGGGUCGGAGGGCCCCACUGGCUAGUCACCUCCUGCCCUCCUCCCAGCUCCAGUCUGGGAAGACAGACCUGUCCUCUGUGGAACCCAUUGUAGGAUGAGCUAGGGGAAGCAGGAGGAGGAGGGGAGGGGCUAUCUCUCACACCUGAUCUGAUGUUCACAGUUCUGGAAACAGAAGUAGUAGAAUGCUCCAGUUCCUAAGAACCUACCCAGCCUGGUCCCAUUUGAUGUGCAAGAAGGUGCCGAGGACUGUUGCACCUGAUCACUGAGCAAGAGCUCUGAAGGCGACCUGAGCCCUAACAGGGCCCAGAUCGGUCCACUGCCCCCAAAAGUCCAGCAUCUGCCACCCAGCCCUUCCUACUGCUGAGCAUUCACAGGGGAACUUGAGUCACGUGGCCAGGAAAGCGUUUCACUGGACAGGGGGAGCGGGCACGAAGGCCUUCUGAAGUCCCUGGACUGAAUCUUCAUCUUCAGUGGGCUGGCCCUAUCCAUGGCCAGAUAGAAUCCAUUUUGGAUCCUUAAAGAGAAAUUAGUAUUUUCACUUUGAAAAAAUUCAGAAAACCACAGAAUACAAUGAAACCCACUCCCUUUGCUCGUCCGUUUGUGAAAACCUCUGUUAAUGAGCUGUGGAGUUAUCUGUAACUUUUUCCGUGUGUGUGUGUGUGUGUGUGGUACGUGUCUGCACUUUUAAAGUUCUGACUACACAUUUCUGUUUAGAUUGUAAUCGUCAGGAAAAGGUGGCUCCAUCAGACAACUUCUGAGUCCCUUCCUAGGGAGUGGUGUCCCUCAGAGAAACUGAAGACGAGAGGAGUCCAAGGCGGAGACUGGCCUCGCGUCACAGCCAGCAGCGGGCAGGGCCUCGCUGAGGUCCCUCACUUAGACGGUGGCCAUC